GCAGAGUGAGUCUGAGAUGACUGCAGUCCUUCACAAACAGCUGCAGUGUUUGAAAUGAAAGUGAACCUCUGACCAUUUGACUGGAGCGAAUAACAACAGCAAAGGAAAAUGGCAUCUAAUUUUACAGAAGAGGAUUUCUCUUGUCCUGUGUGCUGUGAAAUCUUCAAGGAUCCUGUUCUUCUACAUUGUAGUCACAGUGUCUGUAAAGUGUGUUUGCUGCAGUACUGGGUGACCAAAGGAUCCAGAGAAUGUCCCGUUUGUAGGAAAAGGUCAUCCAUGAGUCAUCUUCCCUUAAACUUGGCCUUAAAGAACCUGUGUGAGACUUUCUUACAGGAGAGAAGUCAGAGAGCUUCAUCAGCGUCUGAAACAGUCUGCAGUUUGCACAGUGAGAAACUCAGACUCUUCUGUCUGGAUGAUCAACAGCCGGUGUGUUUGGUGUGUCAGACUUCAAGAAAACACACCAACCACAAAUUCUGCCCCAUUGACGAGAUAGUAACAGACUGUAAGGAGGAGCUCAAAACUGCACUGAAGCCCCUACAGGAGAAACUGAAGAUCUUUAAAGACUGUAAACUGAACUGGAGUCAGACUGCAGAACAUAUAAAGAUUCAGGCCCAACACACAGAGCGGCAGAUUAAGGAAGCAUUUGAGAAGCUUCACCAGUUUCUACGAGAUGAAGAGGCAGCCAGGAUCACUGCACUGAGAGGGGAAGUGGAGCAGAAGAGUCAGAUGAUGAAGCAGAAGAUUGAGAAGCUGAGCAGAGACAUAUCAUCUCUUUCAGACACAAUCAGAGCCAUAGAAGAGGAGAUGAGAGCUGAAGACGUUUCGUUCUUACAAAACUACAAGGCCACAGUGAAAAGAGCUCAGUGCACACUGCAGCAUCCAGAGGAGCUUUCAGGAGCACUGAUCCAUGUGGCAAAACAUCUGUCCAACCUGAGGUUCAGAGUCUGGGGGAAGAUGCAGAAUGCUGUCCAAUACACACCUGUAACUCUGAACCCCAACACUGCUCAUCCUAAACUCAUUGUAUCUGAUGAUCUGACCAGUGUGAGACGCAGUGAUGAAGGACAGAAACUUCCUGAUAAUCCAGAGAGAUUUGAUGGAUUACAGUGUAUCCUGGGCUCUGGGGGCUUUAACUCAGGGACGCACUGCUGGGAUGUUGAAGUUGGAAACUGUACACUGUGGUUUGUUGGUGUAAUGACAGAAUCUGCUCAGAGAAAGGGAGACAUAAUCUCCAGAAAUGGAAUCUGGUAUGUGGUGUAUAAGAUCGGUCAAUAUGUAGCACAUUCUACACCACAACCUUCCACACCCCUCUCCGUAGCACAGAAACUCCAGAGGAUCAGAGUGCGGCUGGACUGGGACAGGGGAAUGCUGUCAUUCUUUGACCCUCUCACUAACACACACAUACACACUUUCACACACAGAUUUACUGAGAAAUUGCUGCCACUUCUAGCUGUUGCUUGUAAAGACAGUCCUCUGAAAAUCCUCCCACUUCAGUGCUCUGUAAGAGUGAAGUGUUAGAGCUGGUUCAGAAAAACAAUUAUAUUCAAAAAUUUGUAUGUAUUCUUUUUGUAAGUGAAAUUGCCUUUUGUUUGAACAAUUGUCUUUAGAUUCUUACAGUCCAGUUUGUUCUACUGUCAUGUCAAAAAAUAUAUUUUGGUCUUGCACAGACCUGCAAUGGAGCUUACCCUUCAUCUAACAAAAUUUCAGUGAAAUUAUUAUUUUGCAGGGGGUGAAAUGCACUACAUAAGAAAACUUUUAAUUAAAAAGUCUUUAACUAAAA